CUCAUAAAGUCGAUCGAUGCAGCACAUACACAUAUUCCAGUAAAGCAGAAGUUACAUAUCUCCCGACAACAGCUAUAUAAUAUUAAAUCACAACUCAACUUAAACAACCCCACAGACUUGUUAUUUUGGGCGGUCAUACUUUCAGCAUUUUACAGUCUUGCCCAACUUGGCGAAUUAUUACCAAACAACAAAUCAGACGCGCACAAAGUCCUCACAACUAAGGUGUUAAAGUUUGAUAAAGUUGGCAACAGCACCUUUGCAACAAUUCAACUAGCAAAAACAAAGAACCACAAAACAGCUAAUCGAGUCACAAAACAAUGGUUCAUAGCCAAACUAAAACAAAUGAUUCCUCAUGAAGAUGUAGCUGGUCACAGUUUCCAAGCAGGAGGAACCACUGAAUUAGUUAUGAGGGGUGUUCAGUUAGUCCUCAUCCAGAAAAUAGGCAGAUGGAACUCUGAAUCAUUCUACAGAUACAUUCGGAGUCACCAGCCACAAUCGCAGCCAUCCUAA